AUCUUGUUCUAUGUCAAGGAAUAGGUGAAGCUAGCAACAUUUAUUUCAUUAACCUAAAAAUAUAAUGACUAUCAAAAAAGAGAACAAGGAGAUGAAUCAACAAAAAAUAGAAGAGUUCAUUUUCAAGUCCAAACUUCCUAAUAUAUACAUUCCCAAACACCUUCCUCUUCAUUCAUAUUGCUUUGAAAAUCUAUCAAAGUAUGGAUCACUUCCUUGCCUCAUCAAUGCUCCUACCGGUGAAAUCUACACCUACUACGACGUCGAACUCACCGCACGUCGAGUCGCCUCUGGUCUCGACAAAUUCGGCGUUCGACAAGGCGAUGUAAUCAUGCUCCUCCUACCAAAUUGUCCUGAAUUUGUAUUCUCUUUUCUUGGCGCUUCUUUUCGUGGCGCAAUAACAACCACCGCCAACCCUUUCUUCACUUCAGCUGAAAUUGCUAAACAAGCAAAAGGCUCCAAUGCCAAGUUGCUUGUAACACAAGUUUGUUACUAUGACAAAGUUAAGGAUUUGGAUCAUCUCAAACUUGUAUUCAUUGACUCGGAAUUGGACUCUACCCUAGAGAAUCACAUACAUUUUCGUGAUCUAGCUCAAGCCGACGAGAAUGAAAUGAAAGAGGUAAACAUUAAAAUAAACCCUGAUGAUGUGGUUGCAUUGCCUUAUUCAUCUGGAACAACAGGACUACCAAAAGGUGUGAUGCUAACACACAAAGGGUUGGUAACAAGCAUAGCACAACAAGUUGAUGGAGAAAAUCCAAAUCUUUAUUACCACAAAGAAGAUGUGAUACUUUGUGUGCUUCCAAUGUUUCACAUUUAUUCACUCAACUCUGUUUUGCUUUGUGGUUUGAGAGCCAAAGCUGCAAUUUUAUUAAUGCCAAAGUUUGACAUUAAUGCAUUUUUGAGUCAUGUGAAUAAAUAUAAAGUCACUAUUGCUCCUGUUGUGCCACCAAUUGUUUUGGCUAUUGCUAAGUCACCUGACCUUCAUAAAUAUGACCUUUCAUCAAUUAGAGUUUUGAAAUCUGGUGGGGCCCCACUUGGUAAGGAACUUGAGGAUUCUGUUAGGGCCAAAUUUCCCAAAGCAAAACUUGGACAGGGAUAUGGGAUGACAGAGGCAGGUCCAGUGUUAACAAUGUGUUUGUCAUUUGCAAAAGAACCAAUAGAUGUGAAAGCAGGUGCAUGUGGAACAGUUGUUAGAAAUGCUGAGAUGAAAAUUGUUGAUCCUGAAAAUGAUUCUUCUUUGCCUCGUAAUCAACCUGGUGAAAUUUGUAUUAGGGGUGACCAAAUCAUGAAAGGUUAUCUAAAUGACCCGGAAGCAACAGAGAGAACAAUAGAUAAAGAAGGAUGGUUACAUACAGGUGAUAUUGGAUACAUUGAUGAUGACGAUGAAUUAUUCAUUGUUGAUAGACUCAAAGAAUUGAUUAAAUACAAAGGAUUUCAAGUUGCUCCAGCUGAACUUGAAGCUAUUAUUCUCUCUCAUCCUCAAAUCUAUGAUGUUGCUGUCGUUCCUAUGAAGGAUGAAGCAGCUGGUGAGGUCCCAGUUGCAUUUGUAGUGAAAUCAAAUAGUCAAAUAAAUACUACUGAGGAUGAAAUUAAGCAGUUCGUCUCCAAACAGGUGGUGUUUUACAAAAGAAUAAACAGAGUAUUCUUCAUUGAUGCAAUUCCUAAGUCACCCUCAGGCAAAAUAUUACGAAAGGACCUAAGGGCUAAGCUUGCAGCUGGUGUUCCAAAUUGAAUAAUCAAUCAAUUUACAUUUAAUCAUAUAUAGCAUGUAUUCAUCCCUUAAAAGAAAGCAUGUAUUCAUAAAGGGUGUUCCAAAUUGAACAACUCAAUUUCAUAUAUAGAUAUAUAUAUGAAUUAAGAAAACAAAUAUCAUAUCAUGUGAUGUUUGCUUGUGUUAUAAGAGAUUUAAAUUGUCUCGUAAGUACAAUUCAGUUCAUAAUUCAAGGACAUUGAUAUGUAGAGACUCAUAUUUAAA